AUGGUUGAUCUACACCCAACAUUUUUAACAUAGAGCAAAUCUAAGGACAUGAAGGAUAACCAUUAUAAGUUGGUGUUCCAUAGUAACAUGUAUAUAUUAAUUUUAUUUAGGUUCUGUACAUAAACUACAGGAAGGAUAACAAAUUAUUUAGUAAACAUUGAAUAUAUGUUUCUAAUUGAAAUCUAGCAUUUGA